UAGGAUAUUACUCUAUCUUCUUUUUGUUUCAAUUUCUGUCAGCGCAGAAGAACGAGAAUACGACAUAAACAAAUUUUUGGAAUGCACCGGACACGGUCAAAGAGACAAAAAAUGCAUGAUAUCAGACAUUCGAUUGGCUAAUGGAAAUCACGACAAUGAAGGCCGAAUUGAAGUAAAAAUCAAUGACGUUUGGGGAGAUAUUUGUUCAAAUGACUGGGAUAUUGACGAUGCUCGCGUCGUUUGUCGAAUGUUGGGAUUCGAUGGAGCGGUCGAACAUUUUAAUGAUCCGGAAUAUGGUCGAGGUGAUGGUCCUGUCUGGAUGAAUCGUGUCCAAUGUUCGGGACGGGAGGAACAUCUUUCCGACUGCAUUUUUCAGGGAAUUCCUAUUUAUGACUGUGACGAAACAGACGACAUUGCCGGUGUGGAGUGUAUUUCCAAUGAUCCACAAGAGGAAGUUAAACUUGAAUUUGGAGCACAAAGUAAUGAAGGAACGGUUUUCAUAAAACGAGAUGGAAUCUGGGGAACAAUUUGUGACGAUAAUUGGAGUAUUGAAGCAGCAAAUGUAGUUUGUCAUAUGCUGGGAUUCGAGCGGGCGUAUGCUGCUCACACUCACGCAUACUACGGUGAAGGAGAAGGACAGAUAUGGCUGGAAGAUGUUACCUGCCGAAUUGACGAGUGGCAUAUUUCAAGAUGUGAACAUGAUAUGUGGGGAGAUCAUAAUUGUGAACACGACGAAGAUGCAGGAGUUCACUGCUUAAGAGAAGGUGAAGCAUGCGUUUCGAAUGAUGACUGCGGCAACGAUGGGACAUGUGGAAUAACUUCAGGAGAAUGUGGUUGUGCUGCAGGCUUUUGUGGGAAAUCGUGCAAUGAAAUAGAUUGUGCAACAAUUGAUUGUGUGAACGGAAAAUUGUUUGAUGGAUUUUCAUCGGCUGAAUGUAGAUGUACAGGCAAUUUUGGUUUGGACGAAGACGGAUUAUGCACAGUUGAGGGCGAAUCUAAAUGCGAUCCACCUUGUACUGAAGGGCUCGGAUAUUGCUUGCUCCAAGAGCAUACCGAUUCGGUUUAUUCAUGUGAUUGCAUAGAAGGAGUGGACGAUUGUACAGAAGAAUCAGAUGACAUAGUAAGAAUCGUCGAUGGAGUUGCCGAUCACCAAGGGCGAGUUGAAAUUUACCAUGAUGAUGAGUGGCGUGCAAUUUGUGACGAUUUAUGGGACCUUGAAGAUGCUCAUGUGAUUUGUCGCAUGCUCGAUUAUUCGGGCGCCGUUGCAGCUGUGCACGAUGCUCACUUCGGAAAGUGUGGUUGCGGAUACUGGUUGGACGAUGUUCGGUGCAAUGGACACGAGGCUCAUAUAUCUGAUUGCGUGCAUCGACCAUGGGGCAAUCACAAUUGUGGCUCAUCAGAGGCGGCGUCAGUCAUUUGUGAAAUGCCGUGUGAUUCUGGACCAUGCAAAAAUAAAGCGAAGUGUAGAAAUCUCAAUAAAGAAGAAUACGAAUGUACCUGUACUCCUUCGUUCAAAGGACCAACUUGUGAAAUACCUUGUUAAACAAAGAUCGAUAGGCGGAGAGCAAAAAUAUAUCCUGUUAUAUCUAUAUACAGAAUUAUACGAUGCAGAAGAGAAAUUCCGUAACACUUUAUGAUGAACCUGGAAAAAAAUAGUUCAUUAUUAUUUUGAAAAAAUUCUAAAUCAAGACUUGGUUAUAUGAUUUGGGCGUGUCUCUUUUUAACUCCAUCCGCUGAUUUCGAUAAAAAAUUUCAAACCUAAUGAAAUGGUUGUUUCUAUUUGGGAAUUAUCUAUAUUUUAACAAUAUAAUAUAUAUAUAUGCAUGGGCUACAACGAUUAACAACUUUCCUUUGCAUCUAGCACAGUUUUGAUAAAUAUUUCAUUGUCUGAUCCAUUACAUCAGUGAAGAUUAGAUAAAGCUUCUGCAUUCUCGAAAAUUGACACUGGUGAAGUAGAAACUUGAAUAAAUAUGUGUGAACUAAACUAAGGGCAUAGUAGAAAGAGGAAUUGAUCACAGAGAAAACUUUCUGAUUGACAGCAACAAGUUAACAGGGCUGGUUUUCCAUAGCAAAGGUUUGAAAUAAAUCAAGCUACUUGGUUAUAAUAGCCAACGAAAAAGAAUGGUAAAUACCGUGCUUUCCCGAAAAUAAGACCGGGUCGUAUUCCAAUUUUCUUCCGAAAAAUAAUACCAGAGGUUAUUUUCGGGGGAUGUCUUAUUACUUAUCGAUCUCGGUCGAUCUAUUAGUAUUCACACAGCGUUGGCAACUGAAUUAUAGUCACUUCGAGGAUCAAAGAGAUUAGAAAAAGAUGUUGUUAAAGACUGAUCUUGGUAAGGUUUUGGUGCCAGCUUUAAUUGCUUUAAAAGGUGAAAACAUUUGUUGUUGUUGUUCGUUUUCAUUUGAGUAAACCAUGGGCAGAAUUAAACACAGCUCUUUUCUUCCAUUUCGAAUGAUCGUUCGUUUGGCAGGAACAGUAGUGAUGACAUCAGGGAUCAGACAACACUUGUAGUCUUACCUUAAUUGGAGGUAACUAUCCUAAACAGGUAACUUGGCAUUCUCAGGUACAUGGUAUUGUAACUUCUUAUGUAAAAUCUUUGGUUUAUCGAAAAAAUAUGAUUGGCAAUUUUAGGAGAUAUCCAUUCUCUGUAGUCUAUUCAAUUGCAAGGGUCGGCAACCUUUAGAAUUGAAAGAUCCAAUGGCAUCCUUUCCGUCAAACUCAAAC